AUCGGACUUUGUUCACUGCACAUGACGUGAAGUCAGUGGCAAACUUUAGACUUGUUGUACGUAAUUUCAGCGGUAAGACACUCUCUACAACAUUUGAUCCUGAGCUAUGAAAUUUUGGUCUUCAGAACAUAUCUUCAAUCACUGCUGGGAUCGUGUCACUCAAGCAGUAUGGAGAAAGUAUCCUAAUGAUCUCAAUCCUAAUGUGAAAACUAUGGAUGUUCUGGAGAGACAUGUUGAUGAACAAGGACAAUUACACACUACUAGACUUGUAGGCACUGAGGGAUUUUUACCUUCAUGGGUUUGUAACAUGAUUGGAGUUGAUAACCUCUGUUAUGCCUAUGAACACUCUGUUGUUGAUCCAGUUAAAAAGACAAUGACAAUGACUAGUAGGAAUGUAACACUGUCAGGCUGGGCGGAUGUAGAUGAGACAGUAACUUAUACUCAAGACCAAGAAGUUAACAAAACCAGACUUACACAAGAUGCUGUAAUCAAGGUUUUUGGAGUUAGUUUCAAAGACUACUGUGAAAGUCUUAUCAAAAAUACAAUGGCCAGUAAUGCAUCAAAGGGAAGAGAAGCUAUGGAGAUGGUUAUAACAAAAAUUAACAAAGAGGUUCAAGACUUGGCUGCUAACAUUGAACAAGCUACAAGUAGGCUCAAUGCAGAGUUUGAGCAAGCAACAAGCAGAUUAAACUCAGAACUUGAACAAGCAAAACAAGGACUUGAACAAGCUACCAUAUUUCCACAGGCCUUUUGUGAGUGUUCCUCGUCAUCUACUACUUCUAGCUGAUUAAAGUGUGUCACUAAGAUUUGAAUUAUUGAUGGUGGUCAGCUCCAUUCAUGGGAAAAAAUGUGGAGUGAAGUAUCAGGCCAAGACUAUUCAAAGGAGGAAACAGAAAUGUAAGGAAUACAGUAUGCUGCUUGGAGGGUGUCAUACAGAUGAAAAUAGCCCUCUGUGGCAUGUACAUCGAAGGCCUCUUUGAAGGAGACUCAAACAACAGAAUCUUAUUCUGCCAUAAGUUGAAAAUAAUUAAGUGAAGUUAUAAAUAUUGACCAUGCUUCAAACUGUGUUAGUGUUCUGUGAUAUCAGAGCAACACUGCUUAAAUUUAUUUAAUACAGGUAUUUCAUUAACCGGAUAAUUUGGUUACAUUAACCAAGUUGAUAAUGUAUUGAAUCUGUCUGGUCUGGAACUUCUUUUUCUUGCUCUUUAUGGAUUCCUGUACUAAUUGUAUGUAAUGAAUGGAGAGCCUAAACCGCUUUUCUAUGGGUAUUAUCUGGACUUCUUUCUCUUCUUAAGGGUACUUCUUCCUCAUUUUGAAGAAAAUAAUUGUCACUCUACAACUCUGAGUGGUUCCCUCAGCCAGCUGACAUUAUGAACAAAAACCCUGUCAAGACAUCUCUUUAAUGUUAAUUCAUCUUGCAUAGAUUAAAAUGGUACUUUAUGAGGCUAGCAACUAUAGUGUCUGUCUUUUAGCAUUUUUGAUGGAUGCAUUAUUUUGUUUCUAAAUGUCUUCAAAACACCAUGAUGCAUUACAUCACCCCCCUGGCAAAGAAUGUUGUUAAGUAAUAAAGGAAAUGUGCUUGUUGUUGUAGGAUACAUACAGAGCAGCUUUUCUAUCAACAGUAACAAUGAAGUUGUCUGAAAUAGUUAUCAUGAUAAAAUUUAUAUUGAAAUCUCUAGUUGGGAAUAAAAAUUUUUAAUUGAAGAAGCUGCACAAUAACUGCAUCAAGGAAUGUGACAGGAAUCACAUGUGGGUGUAAACCUUUUAAUUGUAGAGCUGUCAUGAUUUGAUCCUCCCUUGCAGACAUCUAAAUGUUGGGGUGGGGGAGCUUGUGACAGGCAUGACUUGUGGUCAAAAAAACUUUAAAAGACCUUUCUUUGCAGAUGGGCUCCAAACUAGUAAACAGCCUUGACAAGCAUAUAGGCCAUAGAGACAGAGGAGGUUUAGCUGCCAACCAGGAUUUUAUUUACAUAAUUAUUUACAAACUGGUUACAUUCUAAUAAAAUAGAAUCUCAAUCCAGAA